AUGAAGACUGGCCGACCGACCGAGCCCAGCGGAAGGCUCAUCCGAAGAUUCAGUGAUGGCAUCUCGGACUCUUCGCCAGGGGAGCCUCUCAGUCGAGCUCUAGCAGCGAAAGUGGCAGUCGAUCGUAAUCAAGAACGAUCAGUCUCACUACGGACUGGAUGGGAUCAACUGCUUUUGCAAGGUCGGCAACUGGCCCAGAAUUCUAUGCCGGAUGAAGAGGCCGUUCUCCUCCAACAGAGCCAGCGGCUUCAUGCAGCAUGGUCCAAGUUUCGAGACAGCUUGCCUGAAAACCAACAGCUACCACUCGGGGACCGAGAUAGACCCGAUAUUCAGUUUCUAGUGGCCUCUGUAAGCAAGGCACCGGCUAGCUGGCAGUCAGGGCGGGAUGACACCAAGUUGGGGAAGCUCAAAUCCAAAUUUCACAAUCUCUGCGAGACCUGCAACUCUCACAGUGCUCUGCUCUCCGUCCUCCCCAAGGAUGACAAAUAUGUUACCUUGUUAACCGGAUCUCUCUCGGCCAUCGCUCAGGCAACAAUUAACCAUCAAAAGAUUGCCGAGGGAGUAGCUGAUACCCUCGACGAUCUAAGCCAAGAUAUUGAUUUUUGGAACCGGCAGAUGACAGAGCAUGGUAACAUUCCGGCUCUUCGACAGUAUAUUCAGGAGUUAUACGUUAUUGUCUUCGAAUUUUUCACUGAAAUUUUUACGAAGUGGUCCAUAUCGGGCUGGAAGCGCUUCCUCACCAGUUUCGAUCAAGAUGCUUUCAACAAGCUAUUCAAGUCCAAGAAAGACCGAAUGCUGACCAUUGAGCGUCGCAUGGAGAAUUUCAUUAACCUCGACUUCCGCCACCGCACUACCAGGAGCCUGGAGAUGAUGAUACAAAAUCAGGAACGCCUCUACCAGAUCCUACCGGAUCAACUUCGCGAGCAAAGAUUAUUCCUCGGUGAAUCACUGCAAAGGUUUCUAGAACAGCAACGAUUCUCCCGUGUCGAGCCGCCUCAACCGUGUCCGAUCAUAAGCAUUGCCGAAGAUACGGCGGGCGAGGUAUCGUCUGCUUCCUCUAGUAGCGGGGAUGAAACACUACAGCCACGGUUGGAGGUUCACUCGAUCUCUCAGGCACGCUACCGAUUUAGUCGAGCGGACAUCCAGGCAGCCAUCAAUUGCACAACACAGCGGUGGAAGGAUCAGGUGGAUCAGUUGAUACGAAUCACAAAUCAAGCAUCACUGUUGCAGCUUGAUCGGGAGGUCCAUACCCGCCUAGUUGCAUGGCUCCGAGCCUCCAACUCCACCAAUUUUUGGAUUCAAGGUCCGCACGACAUAUCGCAACCCAGCCAGAACUCUAUGACCGCUGUUGCUCUGGCCGCCCUAGCACGAAACAACAACCUCCCCUGCUUCAUAUAUUUCUCUAGCUUCACAGAGCAUCAUCAGUCAGAAAUUUCAAAGAACAAAGAACUAGGUCUCUUCCUCGCAUCCAUUAUUACCCAACUGGUCCAGCUUAUUCCCGACAACGGCUACUCCGAAGCAGAUCUGUCCCCUGCACGUUUUGCCUCUCUAGAACAGGGAAACUUGAGUGUCGCGGACGCCAUACACCUGAUUCGUGAUGUUCGAAAUGUGGGUCCGAGGUUGGCGUAUGGGUUCAUAGAUAAUAUUCAAGUAUUGGAGGAUCGAUCGAAUGAAAAGUAUAACCGAGAACUCCUGAGCGUUAUCGCCACAAUCUGCAGGCUUGGUCGUGGGCCUCGCCGCUCAGAUGAUGAGAUAGUGCUUGACAAAGAUGAGGCGAUGCUUGGGACGAGAAUUUGUUUCACUACAGAUGGUUACGUGGACGGUCUCGCUCAGGCUGCGGAGCUGCAGCUCCUUGAUAAAGUCGCGUUUGACCUGGAGACGAGCGAUCCUUUGUCAAGUGAGAUUGGUGGUAUACUUGGAUGGGAUAGAGAGGGAACGGAUGAGUAA